UAAAUUAUAGAACCGUUCAGAUUUUAAUGGCUAAGUUACCUCCUGACCACAAAGAAUUAGAGUUGGAACUUAAAGGCCAGAAAAGAAUAAAGGGUAUCGAGCAAGAUCACUUUCCCAUUUUGUUAGAGAAAUUGAAACCUUUUAGCAAAGACUUGUCAAUCGAGGAUGCCUUCGUGGCGGGACUUAUUGCUGCUCAUGAUUAUAGUAUUAUCACAAUGGUUUUGAAGAAACUAGUAAACCAGAAAAAGGAACGAGAUAAUUCAUACUGGAUGCUUUACACAGAGAGUACAAAAGCGUAUAAAUGCAAGUCUAAGCCGUUCAAAGAUGAUAAGAAGCCAUUCUACAAGAAAGAAAUUUAGCAAAAUUAUUGAAUCGCAGGAAAGCGAUGUUCCAGAGUCACUUAUUAUUCCUCUGAAGGCGACUCCACCUGUUAUGGAGAAGAUAGACCCAGACUCACCUCAUGAUAGGAGCAGUAGUAUCUGUAGCGAUAGUUCCAUCCUAGACAGUACCGUUCAGAAUCUGAAAUCCCAGCUUAACGUGAAGAAGAUGAACCAGAAUGAAGCUGUAAAAGAGCUUGAAAUUUUAGAAGGUAUGAAGUCUCUUCAAUUUCUCUAGACUUACAGGUGAAGGACAACCAUUCUAAGACUCCAGUCUUAGACAAUACUCCGCUUAUUAAGAAGAACGGGAAACAUAAGAUUUUAGAAGCUAAUGAAGAAACAACCACUUUGAAGAUGUGAACAAUCGAGACGCCUAGCUGAAAUACAUCAAUAAAUCUUCAGAAUAAUGGCAGAAAAGCCAAGAUACAGAAGAUUGAGGAAGACAAUUCCCUGGAUAAUGCAAUCAUGCGUAAGGAGCUUUCUAAUGAGAGCCGCGGGAAGAGGAAAAUUAAUAGAAAGAAGAAAAAUUAUAAAUUUGUGUAAUCAACAUUUGGGGAAUAUUAUGG